AGCAAAGUCUCUUUCUUGAAGCAAAGUCGUCAAGUCAAUAGCAGGAAUGGCUCUUCAUCCCUUGCUUCCUCACAGCUUCAGAAAACUACGAUUACUUCAAAAUCUGAAAUUCAUUAUCCUCAGCCUAUGUGGACUUAGUCCAUCGUUUUUUCUUUGCUUCUCUCCAUAGAUUAUCAACUGUGUAUUCUCUGCUUCAGAUCACUUACCAGAGGUUUUUGCUUGUCACUUUCUCAGUGUUUCGUUCUGACACGCAAUUGAAAGAUUCAAUCUCUGCCGUUUGAUCUUCUCCUGAUUCGACAAAUCUUCAUCCGUUAAUCUGAUCCACCAUGGCAGAUGCUAACGCUCCCAUGGCCGUGAAGGAGAUCUUAUCUCGGUGUCAUUUGUUUGCAGCUGCAGAGCAUUGGUAUCGAUCCUGAUUUCAUCACAGUUAAGAACGUAACUAUGGAAUCUGAUAAGUAUAUUUGUGUGAGAGAAACGGCGCGUCAUAGCAGCCUUGUGAUCGUAGACAUGAACAAGCCGAUGCAGCCGCUGAGGCUGCCUAUUACUGUAGACUCUACUCUUAUGAAUCCGAAUUCUAGAAUACUUGCUUUGAAAGGCAAGUUACUAUAAUAACUACCAACAGUUAAUUAUUAUUAUUUGAUGAAGAGAAUUGUGUCUCGUAAUGGAUUCUGGUUAUUUGACACUUUUGUUGUUGAUCAGAGGAUUAUAUAUUCAACUACCUGCACGAGUUUAUUCAAUUUUUCUCUUUUAAUUUUUCUUAUCUAUUUUUGCUUUAUGCUCUCGAGGUUUGGCAUUCAUUUUUUAGAUCCAAUACCCGGAACAACUCAAGAUCACUUGCAAAUAUUUUACUUAGAGAAGAAUGUGAAAAUAAAAUCACAUCAGAUGAUUGAACAGGUUGUAUUUUGGAAGUGGAUUAGCCCAAUAUUGCUUGGCCUGGUGACACAGACCUCUGUGUAUCAUUGGUCAAUUGAAGGUGAUUCCCAGCCAGUUAAGAUGUUUGACAGAACAGUUAAUCUAGUGAAUAAUCAGAUAAUAAACUAUAAAUGCGACCUUUCUGAGAAGUGGAUGGUUUUGAUUGGUUCCGCCCCAGGUGUGCCUGAGAGGCCACAUUUGGUUAAGGGGAGUAUGCAACUUUUCUCUGUUGAUCAGCAGCAUAGUCAAGCUCUUGAAGCACACGCUGCUUCAUUUGCUCAAUUUAAGGUUCCAGGAAAUGAGAACUCUUCUAUUCUUACGUCAUUUGCCACCAAAACUUUUAAUGCCGCUGGCCAGGUUACGUCAAAGUUGCAUGUGAUUGAGCUUGGUGCCCAGCCAGGUAACCUGUCAUUUUCAAGUAAACAGUCAGAUUUACUUUUUCCACCGGAUUUUGAAGAUGAUUUUCCAGUCGCAAUGCAGAUAUCCCACAAAUAUAGUUUGAUCUACGUUGUCACAAAGCUUGGGUUGCUGUUUGUUUAUGAUCUAGAGACGGCGACCGCAGUAUCCAGAAUUACGAUCAGCCCAGAUCCUAUAUUUUUAACCUCUGAAGAUUCAGUGCUGGGUGGGUUUUAUGCCAUCAACACACGAGGUCAGGUGUUGUUGGCUACUGUAAAUGAAGCAACGAUAGUGGAAUUUGUUAGUGAUCAAUUGAACAAUUUGGAGCUUGCUGUCAAUCUGGCUAAAAGAGCAAACCUUCCAGUGGCAGAGAAUUUGAUUGUCCAGCGUUUUGAAGAAUUGUUUGCUCAGACGAAGUAUACAGAAGCUGCUGAGCUUGCUGCAGAGUCUCCGCAAGGGAUCCUUCGUACACCUGAUUCAUUAGCCAAGCUUCAGAGUGAUCCUGUUCAAGUUGGGAAAACUGCACCACUGCUGCAGUACUUUAGUAUCCUUUCAACAAUAGUGAAGCUCAAUGCAUUUGAGUCAUUAGAAUCAUCUCGGCUUGCUCUAAACCAAAACAAGAAGAAUCUUCUGGAGACCUGGUUGGCAGAAGAUAAACUGGAGUGUAGUGAGGAACUUGGAGACUUGGUGAAGACUGUGGACGAUGAUCUUGCGCUGAAAACAUACAUUAGAGCUAGGGCAACUUCAAAAGUUGUUGCAGCUUUUGCUGACCUCAAAGAGUUUCACUUUGACAAAAUCUUAAAGAAACUCUUUCCUCAGGUUGGGUACAAUCCUGACUACUUGUUCCUCCUGCAAACAAUUCUUGGUACACAUCCACAGUCGCUGCCGUUGCGAAAUUCAGCCGACCAUUUCAUCGACAUAGAAGAUAAUGGCAUCGCGGAGGGUGGUUCAAGUCGAAAGAUUUGGAUCUUCCUCAUUGGCAACUUUGCAAUGGAACUUCUAUCAACGACUUUCGACCAGCUUGCCUCGGUGCAUAAGCCGAAAUAUGCCUUGGCAGCAAUGUUAAUGGCUCUCGCAGGUUUGCUCGGAUGCACAACGGAGCUAGCUUUUAAGGGUGGAAAGGAAAAGGCGAGAUGGAGAUGGGACAAGCAGCUACCAUGGUUUUAUUGUUCAACAGCUACUCCUACAAGCCACAGGCGUUUCGGUAGCUUUGCUGAAAUAUUUGGAUUGGUAUGUGCCACACUUCAAAGUAUUUCAGCACUUGUGGCUUAUGCCUUCUACAGUCGGCACUCUGAUAAUCCCAUCAAGGUCUCGUAUUUGCCAAUUAUUUUCGCAAUUGGUCUAUUGUUCUCUCAAUAUCUGAAGGAUCGAAGUCGGAAAGUGAAUGUGGCUGUUCAUGAAGAUUAGAUUGCAUAGCUCUUCUUAUGCAUAUAUAGGUUUCAUUCAUGUAAAAUAUGACGCAAAAAGGAUUUUCUGAUUGCCAAACUUUUGUCUGAGUUGGUUUUAGCUGAUUCCGAAACAAUUGAUGUAAAUUUUUAUAAUUUUGAUAAACAACGUGAUAGAAAAAAAUAUAUACA